GCUCGCAAGUUGUGCGUCAAAAAGACUCCCAAGAGGAAGCACGUAAGAAGGCGUACCAUAAGCAGUACCACAUACCCACAACUGCCGCGGAGCGCGGUGAUCUGGAGGAGUUGGCGCUGAAGUUAGAAUGGCAGGACGCGAUGUUGCGGCAAGUUUGCAUCAGACGACCAAGUGCCGUGCCAGAGGAGGGUACAAUAAAGUACGGCGCCGUUGCCCUGGCCUAUCGACAUUGCACGUCGGACGAGUUCAUGAAACUUAUCGUGCAGUGUGGACAUGAGGAAAACAUCAUCGCUGAAGUGCUCGGGAGCCUCUCGGAGACGUACAGAAAGGUCUAUGGACGUGCCAUCAAGGCAGCAGGUACUCCAGGCGGCGUCAUGCCAAAGGAACAAACAACGAGGAUCCGAGUUUUACGCGGAGGAUGCCAUCUCAGCGCGAGUGGCAUCCAGAAGCUGGCAGAAAACCUGCACGAUACCGCGCAGGAGUUCGACCUCGUUGUAUCCGACUCCUCGCUGUGCGCUGUGAACAAGGAAUGGCCAAAAAGGAACGGGGACUGGGGCUCCCUCGCCGAAUCUCUUUUCUCCAAGCCGGUUCGUCCGCUCCGGGGAAAAGGCCCGAGCGAACACGACGACCUGCUAGGCAACGACAUCACGCACAAUUACACGAGCGUCGAGGAUCUGGACGAAGAAAUCUCCGAUCUGGUUCAGGCAACCGAGCUGCAUGCCAGCAUGACCUCAUGGCAAGCGCUCUUGAGGGAUACAAAUAUCACGGCACCGACGUCCAGAUCCUCGACGUUGUGCCGAUGA